AACCGCAAAACAUGUCUAGCAAGCCAAAGUCCAGAUGGGCCAACACCGCAGAAGACGCCGAGUUUGAAGCCCGGCUCAAGAGAGAAAAGGAGGAGAAGCGGCGCAAGAAGGCGCAGAAGCUCCAAGAGGAGGAAAAGAAGAAACAAGCGCUCCUAGCUUCUGCCGCGUCAACGACAUCACAACCCGACGCCAACGACGGGGAAGAUAACCAAGAUGCUUCACCCUCCUCCAGCACCACCACCAACAACGACAACAACACCAGUUCUUCUUCUUCUUCUUCUUCCCUGCUCCGCUUCGACGUCGGCACCUGGAGGCCCUGUCGCAGCGUCGACAACUACGACAAGCUCAACGACAUCGAGGAGGGCACGUACGGCUUCGUCGCGCGCGCAACCGAAAUCGCCUCGGGCAGGGUCGUCGCCCUCAAGCGCCUCAAGCUCGAGCCCGGCGACCCCAACGGCCUGCCCGUGACGGGCCUGCGCGAGAUCCAGAUUCUCAAGAAGUGCCGGCACCGCAACAUUGUGACCAUGGAGGAGGUUGUCGUCGGCAACGACCUUUCUAGGCCAGACAACUCCAUCUUCCUCGUCCUCGAAUUCGUCGAACACGACCUCAAGAGCAUCCUCCAGGACAUGCCCGAGCCCUUCCUCUCCUCCGAGGUCAAGCGCCUCCUCCUCCAGCUCACCGCGGGCGUCGCCUACCUGCACCAAAACUACAUCCUGCACCGCGACCUCAAGACGUCCAACCUCCUCCUCAGCAACCGCGGCCUCCUCAAGAUCGCCGACUUCGGCAUGGCCCGCCACGUCGGCGACCCCCGCCCAAAACUCACCCAGCUCGUCGUCACCCUCUGGUACCGCGCCCCGGAGCUCCUCCUCGGCGCCCGCGACUACGCCGCCGCCGUCGACAUGUGGUCCGUCGGCUGCAUCAUGGGCGAGCUCAUCACCCGCGAGCCCCUCCUCCAGGGCUCCAACGAGGUCGACCAGAUCUCAAAGGUCUUUGAGCUCUGCGGCGUCCCCACCGACGACUCCUGGCCCUCGUUCCGCCGCCUCCCCAACGCCCGCUCCCUCCGCCUCCCCAAGCAGACGCCCCCGCAGGCCUCGGGCUCCGUCAUCCGCGCCCGCUUCCCGAGCCUCACCGCCGCCGGCGCCUCCCUCCUCAGCAGCCUGCUGUCCCUCGACCCGGACAGGCGGCCCUCCGCCGCAGAGAUGCUCGACCACGAGUACUUCCGCCAGGACCCCAAGCCCAAGCCCGAGAGCCUCUUCCCCACGUUCCCCAGCAAGGCCGGCCAGGAGCGGCGGCGCCGGCACGAGCCCGACGCCCCCGUGCGCGGGCAGGCCGUCGCGCUGGGCGACGUCGACUUUAGCGGCAUCUUUCAGGGGAGGGACAAGGAGGAGAGAGGCGCCGGCUUCAGUCUGCGCAUGGUCUGA